GGCGGUCUAAUGUACAGUUUCUAUGGGGUUUUUUAAAGGUGCCAAUGUUGCAUAAUGAACAGAUGCAUCUUUGAACACAUGAAACUGCCUUAUACCGAGUCAGAUUAUUGGUUCCUCUGGGUCAGUAUUGUCUACUCUGCCUGACAGGAGCUCACAGGGUUCAGAAAAGGGUCUUCCUAGCCUUCCCAGGAGAUUCCAGGGACUGGUCCUUGGGGUCCUUUGCAUGCCGAGCGGGUGCUCUGCCACUGAACUAUGGGCCUUACAACAGAUGACUUUUGUAUUGUGUUAUCUGGGUGUCUAUAGCCAAGUACAAAGUGCUGUGUCAAAAGCUACUCUUAGAGUGAUCCAUCCAUUACUGGAAGACUGUGGGAACUGCUUUCUUUCUUCUUGUUCAGGUCCUGUGCCAUUCUGGAAAUGUCUGCAGAGAGGGACCGUGUUGUUUGGCUGACUGAUUAUGAGAGAACUGAUUAUGCUACUGAGCCAGUAUGAAGUAGUAGAUAGAGCACUGGACUUGGACUAUGGAGACCUGAACUUGAAUUCCUAGAACCCAUUGAUGCCCCAGAAGAAGACAGUGAGAGUAAAGGGAAAAUGCUGUCAAGACCCAAGCCUGGGGAGUCGGAGGCAGAUUUGUUGAGAUUCCAGAAUCAGUUUCUAGCAGCAAAAGCUUCCCCAGCAGUGAAGAUCAUAAAGAAAGCGGAUAAGAGAAGAGGGGAUGAGGGGAGUGGAGAUGAGAGAUCCUCACUGCAGUACAACAGAGAUGUGGUGACAAUGGAUGGCUUUCCUGAUGUUCUUCCAGCUCUGAUUCCAGCUCCUCCAAAGAAAACCAAGUUCAAAAGUGCCCAUGUUCACUUUGAGGAUCCAGAGGAGCGGUUGGAUCGUGGUGACCAACACAUCACAGCGGUCUUCAGCAAAAUCAUUGAACGUGACACAAGCACUGCCAGUGUGACUAUGCCAGUGUACACUCAAGAUCCAUUCCCCAGAGUCUUUCACAGAUCUGAAAUAAAAACUGAGGCAAAACUGGCACCUGGCAGAAAAAGCAUUUUUGCUCAGAAGAUAGCUGCUAGGAGGGCAGCUGAAAUGACACAGACAUCUUCUCCAGCUCUUGAUGAAGCAGGACAGACAAAUGCAGGACAAGCUGCUCCAGCUGCUGCCUUACCUCAUGAGGCCAUGGAGGCACAAUUCGACAAAGCUGAGGAAGAGAAGUCUGUUGGAACUAUACCAACUUGGCCUUGUAUUGUCACUGGUGAGGGUCUUGGAAGCCUGACUGGUGAGCAGGAAGCCCGCAGGAUCCACAAGGAGAAUUUGGAGAGGCUGCAGUCCAUGUCCAAAGAUCAGAUUUUGGAGGAGCAGAAACGAGUGCUGGCUCAAUUAGAUCCCAGUUUGGUUGCAUUUUUGAAGUUGCGGUAUGGUACUGACAUAAAGCAGGAGGCAGAAGAAAAAAUGGAACAAGAGGGGCCAAGAGAGCACAUGCAUCCAGAAGGGCAGCCAGAGCACCUGCACAAGGCAGGAGAAAUGCUGAAGACUCCCUUGUUGCAGAAGCCAGACACAGAAGAGAAGCCAGAUUUGGAGGACUCUGUAAGGACUGAGGCCCACACAAGGAUGGAUGUUGCAGAUGACCUUCCUGUGAAGCCUCAAAAAGAAUGGCUCCACAUGGACAAUGUGGAGUUUGAGAAGCUGGAGUGGAUGAAGGACCUUCCGCAGCCUCGUCAGAGGAAAACCAGAAAGGGGAUGCAAGCACGCUUCAGUCUGAAAGGAGAACUUAUUCCCCCAGAUAAAGACUUCCCUACACACAUGGGCCUGCACCAUCACGGAGAGGAAGCAGAUAGGGCUGGCUACUCACUCCAAGAACUCUUCCAUUUGACUCGCAGCCAGGUGAUACAACAGAGAACCCUGGCAUUACAGGUGCUAGGCCAUGUUGUCCAGAAGGCCAAGGCCGGGGAGUUUGUCUCCAUGCUGAAAGGAAGCGUCCUACGUGUCUUGCUUGAUGCUGGGUUCCUUUUCUUGCUCCGUUUCUCGUUGGAUGACCCAGUGGAUAAUGUCAUUGCAGCCGCUGUCCAUGCUCUCCAUGCACUAUUGGUUUCUUCAGAUGAUGAGGAGUAUCUUGACAAGACAUUUUCAUGGUACCAGGGCAUGGCUGUUUACCCUUUUAUCCCAAACAAUGAGGAAGAGGAAGAUGAGGAGGAUGAACAAACUGUAAUAGAAAAGACACUGGGAAGUAAAGCAAAGGAUGAAAAUAAGCCAGACCCAGAUGUGGCACGAUAUGAUGUUGUAAAGGGACUUCUGAAGACCAGAAUUCUUCAUCGUCUGAGAUACAUUCUGGAAGUGAUGCGACCUGUACCUCUGGUAGUCCUAGAAAUCCUAGAUAUUCUGAUCCGUGUAGCAAGGCACUCCACUGAAGCAUGCUGUCGGGUCUUGGACUGCCCCCGCCUGGUUGAGACUGUCAUUGGAGAGUUCCUGCCCACCCAGUGGGAUCCAAGAGUUGCUGAACCUGAGCAGUUGCUUCUUAGUCUGCAUGGAGUUCCGUGUGCCACUGCCAUGAAACUAAUCAGAGUUGUGGCAUCUGGAGGGCGCAACAUAGCUGCCAGGCUGCUUAAUAAGUUUGAGAUGAAGCGUCGGCUGAGUCGGUUCAUAGCUGAAGAUCCCAAAGACCUUUCUCUUAGGACAGAGGAAGCCAUAAGGAUGACCACUGAGGCAUUCCGGCUGUGGGCUGUGUCCGCUGGUUAUGGCCAGGCCUGCGAUCUUUACAGGGAUCUCUAUCCUGUGCUAGUGAAAAUGAUUCCAUCCUUGUCCCACUUAGUCAGCAGUUUUCAGGAAAAUAACUUUACAUUUGAGCUCUCGGUCCAGCGAGCUGCAGCCAUGGUGACUCUGCUUACCCACGUGACAAAGACUGCAGGCUGCGGAGCAGAACUACAGGCCCAGCUUAGCAGGAGUGACUCAGAAGAUGGUGACCAAAUUCCACCUCCACCAGUUACCUGGAGUCAGGUGUCGGGCUUCAGACCCAUCGUUGAAACAAAUCUGAAGAAAUGCCUUAAAGAGAUAUCCCAAUCUGAUACCUGGCAGGCACUGCAACCCCUUACAACAGCCUAUGUCAUCUUCAUGGGGGUCUAUUACCAUAACUGCAGCCAGCAGCCAUCAGUAAACCCCAUUGACUGCUUAGAGGAAGUGGAGCAUCUGACUUCUGAAGUACUACUGCCUCUCCUCAGCCAGCCAGGCAUGCAGACCUUAUGGGCAAUGCUCAGACCAUGCUCUGCUCUGUGCAAUCCUUUAUCCUGUUCUCCAGCACCAGAGUCUCUCCCCAGCAUUGUGUCUUUAAGUUUCACUGGAGGCAAGCCCCCAAUGAGCUUAGUGGGCUCCAGGUCACCUUUCCCCUUCCUUACUGCCCUUCUUGUCCUUGUCAACAACAUCACUCAUAUACACAAAGGGCUGGUUGGCAAGUACAUGUCUCUGCUGGAUGUGAAAGAUCUGAAUGACUAUCUGCUCCAGAGCUCGACCACUGCACCACCGUCUCUGUCCUUUUCCUCUGCGUGGCUGCUGCACCAUGAGUAUCACCUGCAGUAUUUUGUGCUUGCACUGGCACAGAAGAUGGCAGUUGCUUGUUUGGAUUACAGCCGGCAUGCUUCACUCCAUCACUGUGUUGCCAUGGUACUGUUAAGCCGUUUGUUGCCAGGCAGUGAGCACCUGGCACACAAGCUUCUAUUGGGUCUUGCCUUUAAUCCCAAACUGAUUCCAGAAGGCAAAGCAGGAGGACCAGAAGCUGCUGAUUUCUCGGACAUCCUGAACCUGAGCUCAAGGGCAAAUCUGACACAGCCAGGUUCAGCAGCUGCCAUUUCUCCACUUCCUAGCCGUGGUGCCUUACUGGAAGAAGCAUAUCAGCAUCUCCCAUCUAUCCAGGCCUGCUAUCUCUCUCAUUUUCUUUACUUGGAGCCUGCUCUUAUUCGUUCUAGAGAUGUUUACCAAGGACGAACUCACCUUGUCCAUUCCAUGCUUCUUCCUGAGGUCAAAGGACCCAUCCUACCUUCUGAUUGGCCGUUCCUUCCCCUUAUCAGCCUCUAUAACAAAGUGACUGGUUCAGGAAAGCAGUGGGCUGUGCUGAACUCCCUUCCUAUGGAUCUAGUCAACACUGUGACUCGAAACCUGCAGUGGGUCCUGCUGCUGGAGACCUGGAGAACUAGAGUCCUUCAUGGCGUCUCGGCUGCAUCCAAACUUGCAAGGCUUAUGUGUGUCUUUCUCACAGGUAGUGACUUGUUCCUGGAAGGUCCUGUCCAUUGCUACACUGCUGCUCUUCUCUCUCUUUACUGCCACUCCAAAGUCCUAGACUCCUUGAAUCUGGAUGCACCACUCCCUGGCUUAGCUUCUUUCCACGACCUCUACAUAAACCUCUUGGAACAGUUUGAAAGCGUUUCCUUUGGAGAUCCCCUCUUUGGAGUCUUUGUGCUUCUCCCUUUGCAGAGGCGGUUCAGUGUUCAGCUAAGGAUGGCGGUGUUUGGAGAGCAUGUGAGCACCCUGAGGGCAUUAGGAGUUCCACUCCAACAGUUUCCUGUGCCUCUGGAGCAAUACCUUUCUCCCCCUGAAGACAAUCUGAACCUCUUAAGGCAGUACUUCAAGGCUCUAGUCACGGGUGCCUUGCGACAGAACUGGUGCCCGGUACUGUAUGUGGUUGCUGUGGCUCAUGUGAACAGCUUCAUUUUCUCCCAAGAUAGUACCACACAGGAGGUUGAUGUUGCCAGAAAAAACAUGCUACAGAAGACCUGGCUCUUGGCAGACGAGCUGUUAAGGAGACACCUUCUCUUCUACAAACUGUCAAACAAAAAUAACCCAGUGGGGUUUGACCUUUAUGAACAGCUCCCUCCCAUUCGACUGAAGUACCUGCAUGCAGUGACUCAAGCAGAACACAAAGAAAGCAUGUCAGAAUCUCAGCAUCUGAGUAGGGAACUGAUGGACAACAAUGCUGUAUAGUGGGAAAGCAUGGUCUGCUCCAUGGUGUUUUGCCUGAGCAGAGCAGAAAGGGCUCUGCUCAGGGAAUCUCUGCCUGAUCUAGUCUUAGUGGAACGUUGGAAUAUCCGUCCAUUUCCUGUGCCCAGCCAACAUAUUUUUUCACGAUAGAUGAAGCAACUGUACAAAAUGAUGUUGGUGUGUGUGUGUUUAAAUAAAAUUUGAUACAAAUGUAA